AAGUCGAGUCAAAGUUCAUUAUUUUCAACCUGAAUUGGGUUAUAGUAUUUACGCUUUAUAAUUUAAUUAAAAUUAUAUUUUAACUAAAACUCAAUUAUUUUAGUGUGGAAAUAAGUGUUCUAGUGCCUUAAAUAUGUACGCUUUAAACAAAUGUCCUCAUAAAAACCUGUGUUUAAAAAGUAUAGCCCAGAGAAGUUAUGCCAGCAAAUGGAAAACAAUUCGUGAUGUUAAUUAUCAAUAUUUACAAAGAAGUAAGGUGCCUACAAUGCACUUUCAGAAAUCAUUACCGAGACUGCCCAUACCUGAGUUGAACAAAAGCACCGAGCGGUAUCUUAAGGCAUUGCGACCGCUUUUAAGCGACGACCAAUUUAGCGCUGCGACCAGCCGAACAAAUAACUUCAUUAAUAAUGAGGGGAAAGAGUUGCAAGAGAAACUCGUAGCGAAAGAUAAGGCAAACAAGCACACAAGCUACAUUUCAGACUACUGGUUUGAUAUAUAUCUUCGAGAUCGCAAACCUCUGCCAAUCAACUACAAUCCUCUAAUCGUAUUCCAAAAUGAUACGAGACCAGAAUACAACCAUCAGUUAAUCCGGUCCACAAAUUUGUUGAUCAGUGCUGUGAGAUUUAUGGAGUCUCUGAAGGCACAGAUAUUGGAACCAGAAGUGUUUCAUAUGAAUCCUAAGAAAAGUAAUACACCUCUUUUUAGAACUGUAACAGGCUUAUUGCCUGAGGCGGUGUCAUGGUAUGGUGCCUACCUUUUCAAAGCGUUUCCUCUUGACAUGAGUCAGUUUCCGGGUCUGUUUGGCGCGACCCGCAUCCCUUUAGAGACUAAGGACAAGAUAUUCAGGGUAACAGACAGCCGGCAUGUACUGGUGCAGCGGAGAGGAAACUUCUAUGCCUUUGAUGUUUUGGAUGGUGAUGGUAACAUCCUCGCACCAACGGAAAUACUAGCCAACCUGAAUAAAAUCAUCAAUGACAGUACUCCUGCAGCUGAGCACCCUCUAGGAGUCCUAACUUGCCAGAACAGAGACGAGUGGGCCAGGCAAAGGGCCCACUUGGAGCAAACAGGAAAUAAAGAUGUCCUAAGUAAAAUUGAUUCGGCCAUUUUCAACUUGGUGCUUGAUGAUGAAAUUAUUGGUGAAUCAAAACAUGCUCUAUUAAAGAAUUAUUUACAUGGAGACGGUCUAAAUAGGUGGUUUGACAAGUCCUUCAGCCUUAUCAUCACCGGCGAUGGUGUCUCUGGCAUAAACUUCGAGCAUUCCUGGGGUGACGGUGUUGCAGUACUGAGGUUCUUUGAAGACAUCUAUGCUGAGACCACAAAGAAGCCUUUCGUUCAUCCGGACACGAAGCCAGCCAGCAGCAACAUUAGUGUUACUAAAUUAGAUUUCAAGUUGGAUGAUAAAUCAAAACAAUUUGUUGACAAAGCUAAGAAGGAAUACAAGGAGUGGUAUGAAUCAUUAAGCAUCGACUACAUUUUGUACGAAGGGCUAACAAAAGGUGCUUGCAAGAAGUAUAAAGUCAGUCCUGAUUGUGUAAUGCAGCUCAGCUUCCAGGCUGCAUAUCACCUGCUCCAUGGUAAAUUCGUCGGCACCUAUGAAUCAUGUAGCACUUCGGCGUUUAAGCACGGCAGAACGGAAACUAUGAGGCCUUGCACUGAAAAAACGAAGGCGUUCUGCGAAGCCCUUCACUUAAACAAGACCUCACAAGGGGAGCUCAGUGCAAUGAUGCAAGAAUGCUCCAAAUAUCACUCCGAGCUAGUGAAAGACGCGGCGAUGGGCCAAGGAUUCGACCGUCACAUGUUCGCGCUCAUGAAGAUCGCUGAAGAGUAUAAUCUGCCACGGCCUGAGCUCUUUGAUUCUUAUGAAUAUAACUUCCUGAACAAGUCCAUACUGAGUACUAGUACGCUGUCGUCGCCUUCAGUUAUGGGAGGAGGUUUUGGACCGGUGGCUACGGAAGGAUUUGGUAUUGGGUAUUCAGCCUUCCCCGACAAGUUAGGCGCAGCGGUCACCAGCUACAAAUCUCACAACAACAGCACAGAGUUCGUGAAGGCCUUGCACCAGUCCUUUGAAGAUAUCACUAAAAUUAUAUCUACGUGAUUUAAAGGCAAAAGUGACGCAAAAUAGAACUAAGUUACUUAUGAGUGGUUUCAAGCUAAAUAUAGCCAUGUUAGGCGUAACAUGACUAUAUUUAGCAUACUAUAAUUAAAAGUGGUUGGCGUCCUAAAAACGAUAAAAUACAUUACUUGGUAGUAGCACCAAGGAGGUAUGAACUCACGACCUUCCGUGUUUUUAUCGAUUUGAGUGUUAAAAUGUUACAUUAGGUAGUUGGGUAUUUGAUUCUGCUCAGCCAACCUCAUGUGCCUUACAAUGCAUUUAGGAUAGGAAUAAGAUAAUAAAAUUUUAUAAAGAUUACUAUUUAUUCAUCUACACAUACAUUUGUUAACCUAAGUAAAACAAUAGAUUUUAAAUAUUUUUUUAACUAUUUAUAAGUAAACAUUAUAUUUGAAAAAGCAUUUAGCUUUGUCGACGAUAGAAUGUAAUUUGGGUGUCAAACAGAUGUAACGGUAGAUCACUAAAUCUUUGAUAAAAUACACUAAAUAUUUAACCCUUUACCAGGCUAAGGAAUAUAUAUUUUCCACAUACGGCACUUCAAGCAUGUGUUCUAUUUUCAAUGAGUAAGACUGACAUUCGAUUGUCAUUUUUGAAAUGUCAGCCUGGUAAAGGGUUACCCCCUUGACCGCCAAAUACGUCAACUGAUGCGCGCGGCUCAGCCCAAUAUCAACCUUCGUGCAUUCCAAUAAGGUUCACGCUCACACGCCGCGCACGAUAUGCGUAGCGUUCUAGUGUGUUUUGUAUACUUUGUAUAUAUUGUCACAUAGAUAUUAGGUUCUGAUAAAUAAAUAAUAUAUUUCAUU